AUGUGGCUGCUGCUGCUGAUUGCUAGCGUGGCACUCGCGCUCGUGCAGUGGGGUCCAACUCCCGUCGACAGCUAUCCCAUCUGGAGGCGAGAGGACAGCCGGCGCGGGCCGUCAUGCCCAGCAUCAUACGAUAAAGGCGAGCUCUACAAGCACCCGGCAUGGAGCUUUGGCGUCAACAUGAAGCUGGUCGAGGUCGCCAACGCGGGCGAGUGCUGCGCAAAGUGCAACGCCGACCCAGCGUGCGUCGUCUGGCUGUUCCAGGACAAAAACUUGGACGAGUUUGAAUCUGCAGACGACUCUACCAUCAAGGAGAUUCUCGACAACGCCGCCUUCACAUCCGUACCUGGCGACGAUGGCAAUGCCGAUUGCCAAGCGAAGGCGCGGUGA